AUGCCCAUGGAACUGGCCGUGAUCCACCUCGUGCGCCCAGCCCUCACACCGUCGCCUUCGCUGCGGCCGCGUGGACGGCGCAUGCUGCGCCUACGCGUGAGGUGCCGUAUCGACGGGGAUGAGGGGGGUGGAGCCCGGGGGAGCGAGGAGGACGCGCCCGAGUCGCUGUUUGCAAAGGAGCUGAGGCGGCGGGGUAUGGCGGCGGGGUCCGUCCCUUCCGGGGAGAAGUCGGGGGCAGCCGCGGAGGCGGAGGAAGGCGGCCAAGGGGGAGAGGCGGGGAGGAAGCGCGGGGUCGGUGCGGCGGCGGCGGAGUUCGAGAUGGCUGCGGCCGGGCCGGACGGGCAGAGAGAGCGGUCCAUGGCGCUCAACAGCGAAGGCCUUGAGGGUCUAGUACCACGGGCAAAGCUGUUACUAUCACUUGGUGGUACUUUUUCCCUGGCAUUUGGUCCUCUGAUUAUUGUCACGGUUUCUCUAUUUGCUGGUCUUUAUCUGUAUUUUGGGCAAAGCUUUGUACAUGACGGGAGCAAGAAACCAGUGGCGCCACCACCAUACAUUGAUCCAUAUGAGCUACUGGAAGACGAUAUGAUCUCCCGGCCCUCCCUUGAUGUGUUCUGA